AAAGAAGAAGAUUAAUUUUUCACUAAUUGUUUAUGAGAAUAUUUUGUGUUCCGGCUUAAAGUCGAUAUUGCGUUUUUGAGGUAUUGUUUGUUUUAAAUAUUGUGUGAUACUUCAAGAACUAGUUAAAUUGUUGUUUUGGUGGUAGUUGAAGAUAAAGGCAAAAUAAAAGCUUGAAGUUUGGUAUUUGAAGGAAGGCAUCAUCACAACAUUUGGACCACCAUUCAUUUAAUUGAAAGAAAUAUUUUUGAUAUUCUAAUGCUAAUAUUCAUAGGCAACCCCAAGAUUCAUAUAUACUUUUUUUGUAGUUAAUGUUUAUGUUUGAAUUUCAAAUUGAUGAACAGUAUACCUUUCUUGAGUAUGUAGAAUUAAAGUUCCUUUCUUCUGUUACCUUUUUCAAACCUACAACCUUAGGCAAACACAAAACUAAAACCAACUACAAUUGGUCUAUAUUGUAGUUAUAAUUUUUCAAAGAAAUUUUUUUUCUAGAGCUUAAGAUUUUGAUAUUGGUUUAGUUUUGUUGAUUGAUUACCUCAUCCUAAACCUAAAGGAUUACAACUCUAUGGUCAACCAAUGUUGAUGUGAUUUUUUUUUUUUUCAUUUGAAAUGGAUGAUCAAACUGAGUCAUGUUCUUCUAAUACAUUGGUACAGUGUCGAAUAUGUCACGAUGAAGAUUUAGAGUUAAACAUGGAUACGCCUUGUUCUUGUUCUGGCACAUUGCAGUAUGCACAUAGAAUAUGUGUGCAAAGAUGGUGCAAUGAGAAAGGUGAUACUACUUGUGAGAUUUGCCAACAGCAAUUUAAAGGCUAUACUCCUCCUCCACAAGCUCCUUUAUUCCGCUAUAGAGGCAACUGGGAAAUUCCAAGAAUUGGUUUUAAUAAUCAUCAGCUCAUAGCAUUGUUUCCUGCUAAUCAUGAAUUUCUAGACUUUGACUUUGAAUAUUCAGCUUCCUCUAGAAGGAGUCGUCUAUUCAUUCGCAUCGUUGCCAUCAUUUUUAUUGUUCUGCUUGUUUUACGUCAUACACUUUCAAUCGUAUUUAUACUCGAUGAAUUUGAAGAGACUUCCUUGACAGUGAUUACGUUGCUUAUGUGGGGAGUCACUGGAAUAAUUGUACCAGUGUAUAUAAUGGUAAAAGCUAUUCAACAACUUCAAAAUCAGAAUCAGAACCCCCUUAUGCAACUGCGAUCACUUGAUGAAAACAACAUGAGACAGUCCCAGUUGCGGGUCAUCCAUAUUCAGUGAUUUUAUGGUCUACAACAGAUGAAGAAAUGGAUAGGAGGAAAAACAUAUAUAGCAGAAGCAUUACCUAAAUUGAUGUAAAAACAGAUAUGGCAGAAGCAUACCUAAAAUGAUUAGGAAAUUGAUGCAGUUCAUUGCUUGAAAAAGUGAAUCAAUAUAACUAGAUGUUAUUGUACAUAAUAAUGUAAAGUUCCUUCUUGUUGAAAUAUAAGCUCUAUAGCAAAUCAUCCUUCCAUGUAGUUCUGUCUAAAAUUGGAAU